UUAAGUUUCUGAUCAUUUGACAGGUGUGGGAUUAUGAGACUGGAGAUUUUGAGCGAACUCUUAAGGGACAUACAGACUCUGUACAGGAUAUUUCAUUUGACCACAGUGGCAAGCUUCUGGCUUCCUGUUCUGCAGAUAUGACCAUUAAACUAUGGGAUUUUCAGGGCUUUGAAUGCAUCAGAACCAUGCACGGCCAUGACCACAAUGUUUCUUCAGUAGCCAUCAUGCCCAAUGGAGAUCAUAUAGUGUCUGCCUCCAGGGAUAAAACUAUAAAAAUGUGGGAAGUGCAAACUGGCUACUGUGUGAAGACAUUCACAGGACACAGAGAAUGGGUACGUAUGGUGCGGCCAAAUCAGGACGGCACUCUGAUAGCCAGCUGUUCCAAUGAUCAGACUGUGCGCGUAUGGGUCGUAGCAACAAAGGAAUGCAAGGCUGAGCUUCGAGAACAUGAGCAUGUGGUAGAAUGUAUUUCCUGGGCUCCAGAAAGCUCAUAUUCUUCCAUCUCUGAAGCAACAGGAUCUGAGACUAAAAAAAGUGGCAAGCCUGGGCCAUUCUUACUGUCUGGAUCCAGAGACAAGACUAUUAAGAUGUGGGACGUCAGUACUGGCAUGUGCCUUAUGACCCUAGUGGGUCAUGAUAACUGGGUACGUGGAGUUCUGUUCCAUUCUGGGGGGAAGUUUAUUUUGAGUUGUGCUGAUGACAAGACCCUACGUGUGUGGGAUUACAAGAACAAGCGAUGCAUGAAGACCCUCAAUGCGCAUGAACACUUUGUUACCUCCUUGGAUUUCCAUAAGACGGCACCAUAUGUGGUUACUGGCAGUGUAGAUCAAACAGUAAAGGUGUGGGAGUGCCGUUGAUUGAGUCUCAUUUGGCCCCUCCUCCCAUUUUUCCUCUGGAUGCACUCUGAUGAUACCAUGGUUACCCCAUUGAGCUCUGUUUAAAUAAAUAUUGUCCUUUCAUGUAAAUUAUUCUGGAUGUAGAUUGAGCUUAUUAAAUGUUACACACAAAGUAUUCAUGCAUGGUGAAUCCAAAUUGUAUACUGUAAAUUUACAUACGUUGUCUAGAAGUACAUAGGGUUUAAAAACCUGGGCUGGCAUUGGUCACACCAGGCCUAAGAAGGCAGAAGUUGAAUAAAUUGAACUUAGGGCACUAAACUGAAUAGUUGACAGUGUCAUUUUCUGUUGGAUUAUUAAUUCCUGUUUUUCUUUCUGCUAUCUGUUGGUGCCUGACUUGAUGGCCUCAUUUGGGGAAAAGUGGUGAUUAUUAGGGCUUUUUCUGAAAUGUGUAUCUAUGUAACAUCACUUAAGUGUGCUUAAUAAAUCUUCUUUAAGGAUGUUAGAUGAUAAGGCUACAAUUCAAAAUCUUCUGAACCAUCUAUGUAAUUAAUGGGGAUUACACAUUGGAAUUUUUGUCAUGACACAUUUGCCAAAUCAAUAGGAUACAUUUGUUUUGGCAGCCUAUCAAGCAGAGGCUAGUGGUAUAUUUAUGUAAGAAAAUGACUGUAAAUCUCAAAUAAGAAAAAUCUCAGCAGCUAAUAGCAAAUCAUUUAUUUCAUUUGGGUUUUAAUGCUUUGUAAACAGGUUAACAAAACACUGUAAUACUCUAAGCUUCUAUUUUUCACACUAGACACACUUCUAGUUGUAUUCUCCAUACUAUUAGACUGUAUAGUGAUGUGACUUCCAAGUAGAAUUUAAUCUUCCCAUUGAGUGUGUCAUGGUACAAAUCACUAUUUGUUUUGAUGUUUUUUAGGGAUGUGCAAUGUGCAUUACAUGAUGACAGAUAUUGAAAAGGUUAUGUUUGCCCAUUUUAAAGAAGUGGGAGAAAUACAGCAGUUUGUUUUUCAACAUGAAUCUGAUACCGAUUUGAACUGUAUUUAACUUACACGUUAAAAAAAAAAAGACAGGGUUUAAUGGAGCAUGCAUAAAAAUGUACUGUGUUUUCACCUUUUGUUUAUAUAUAAAUGUUUAUAUGGGCCUAUCUAUAAGUGGAUAAGUCUGUAUAUGUAUAUCACACACAUAAAACCUCCAUGUCUUUGGGUCCUGGGUUUUUGAAGAAGUGCUAAAACAUACAAGUAGAAUAAAUUUUGCUGUGGAAUACCAUGCUUUAGAACAAGCCCUUUUUGAUCCUAAUGCUUCUGAAAACUAGGUCUGACUCUGUGGGAAUUUUUCCCAGUGAAAAGGAAAAUCACACACACACCCUCCCCCACCGUUUGGCUGUUCAGCAUUUUACACAGCCUGAUGUAUAUUGUGAUCCAAAGUUACUACAAGUAGGUUUAAGAGAAUUUUUAUCUAUGACUUUGGAAACAAUAUUUCAUUGCAGAUUAUUAAAUAAAUAAUUCUAUUGCUUAGCUAACCAACAGCUUUUUUUUUAAGGUCAUUUGAAAAGUUAACAAAGAAAUAACAAAGACAGUUUAACAAAGAAACUUACACUGAAUUGCAUUUUAUUCAUUUGCAUAAUAUGUGAUUUUUUUUUAAUGUCCCUUUUAGUAUUUAAUGGAAAUUUGGUUCCUGAAAAAGACAAAGGGUUAGAGUUAGUGUCCUCUAGAUACACGGAGACUAGGCCUUAUGUUUACUAGAAGCAGCUUUAUGUCUAACUUGUGUCUUUUUGUUUGUUUGCUUUGUUUUUAAUAAUUCCUGAGCGACGUCUCUGGAAGGAAAAGUGUUUUGAGAACUAAUGGCUAUUUUUGAAGACAAAAAUUACAACUUAAGCUAAUUCCUUAAAUAUAGUAGAAUAACUUUCAGGACAAUAUUGCCUCACAACCCUGCUCACACUCAGAAGUCUUAUUUUGUUUCCCUUUAGCUGUUCUGACUGGAGUUUUCUACAAAAGCUAUGGAAGAUACCUUUGUUCUCGUUUGCUGCUAUUUCCUGUCCUAUUUUAAGAAAUAUAAAUACAUAGAAAUGGUGCAUCUUAACAUUUGUUUAUACAUGUAUAAAUGUCUUGUAUUUUAAUUCAUUUUUAGCAUGUAGCAACACGAAUUGUUUAAGGGUAAGCCACAGCAUCUAGAAAUCACUCAUAGAUACGAACAGUAAAGGAAAAAAUGGUACCGAUGUAGGAGGAAACAAAGCUAACAAAGCUGCUGUCCGCUGGGUUUUCCCCCCCUGCAGGAUACAGUGACUUCGUUGACAAAGGAGGAGAAACAAUAUUACUCUGUAAACAAAGUUGUCCUUACUUGGGAGACUGCCACAGCCUGCUGCUUGGAUGAGCUACCAGACAUCCUCCAUUUAAGAAGCAGCAAACACUGAAUCUCAGGGAUGGUCCUCAACUGGAUCCAAAUGUAACGAGCCCUGUUUGAAUAAUGAAGGGGGUGGGGGAGAGCGAUCCAUCCACAAUCCGGAGUCGGAGGUGCGUGGUUUCCCGCACUGUUGUUUGACACUGCCCUGUCGAUGCCCUUUCUUCCUGUUGCCUCCGUUUUCUCUGUCUGCUGUCUGACCCUGUGCCUUGCCUGGGAUAAGUACAAUGAUGAGGUUACUGGUUUGGAUUGUAAGUGGAGGAAUUUAUGAAUUGGUUUAGAGGUUCAUUGCUGCUUUGUCACUUUCUCAAUCAAAUUGGCCACUUAUUUAAGAAAUAAAAAGCUGGUAGAAUUGCAUCCUCAGAUGAUUAUUUGACUUUGUGUGUGUGAAAACAGACAUUCCAGUGCCACCCUUAAUAAUGUGCCCAAGGAGUCCUAGCUGCACUCUUGAACGUGCAAGCCACGGAAACUGUGGUGUAGACAUUGCUUGGAGAAUAGUUGCUUUUUGACAUGGCAUCUUGCACUUUAGGAGACUAAGACCGUCCUGUUUUGUCUAUGUGUGGUGUGACCAAUGGUGUGCCCAGAGCACUGCUCUAAAAAUCACUAGUGUUAGCAAGUCGUCCAGGCUGUGGAGCGCUCGCUGUAGUCUUUGGAAGCUUUGGCUCUAGAUCACCAAGCCCAGUCUCCUUACUGUCAGUGCCCUGCUCUCCUGUUUGCCUCUUCCUGUUUCUGUGUGAACUUCCAGGUAAAAUCACUCAUUAAAUAGUUUUCUUUUAAAUUUAUUUAAAGAAAAACUAUUUAAAAGUAAAGGAUAUUUUGUUUUGUUGACAGUGGUGGCUUGAUAAUCCUUAAGCAACUGAAAUUAAAAUUGUUGAAGGAAAAGGCACUUAAAAUGGUUACUCUUUCUGUCCAGCUGUAUAUAAGUCCAAUGUGUUAAUUAAUCUAGAUGAUGCAAAGAAGAAUCUCCUGGUAGAGAAGCGACAUGUACAAAAUCGAUGAAAAAGGUUUUGGGUUUUUGUUUUUUGUUUUGUUUUCCGUAGGGUGGGGGGAGGGCAAGCUGGAUUUACAAGUCACAACUGGACUGAACUGGCCUUUUUAUCUUUCCACUAUAUCAUGUAAGUAGCUGCUUUCUUGUCCUGCCUAUCCUUCAGGCAUCCGUAAAGCUCACUCUGAAGAUGAUAGAAACAAACACAAAAUCUUCGGGUUAGAUGUUGAUCCUGACACUGACAUGAAGGCAAGCAUUGAUUUCAUAUGAAUGUUGCAGAGGUGGUGGUGAUUGGAGAAAACAGUAAGAGUUAACAAGUUAUUGACACAAUUUUAAAAAAAAAUCAGUAAAGGAAUGUAUAUACUAUUGCUCUUGUGUUUUACAGUAAGAUUUGUUGCUCUCAGACUGUGUAAAACAAAAUUUAUUCAUGUUUUCUGCAUAUUAAAAAAUCCUAUUGUACCAAUUGGUAAACUAUUAAAUGCCUAUAAAACUAGA